ACUUUAUCCAAUACCAACAUGCAACGUCACCACGAGAUAUUCCAUCUUAAAGAUAAACUCCUUUUAUUGGGGCAUUACAAAGCUGUAACCACUAGGUGGUGCAGUUUCCAGGGCUACCAGCUUACCUCCUGGUGUUUGGCUGAAUCAUUUCAUCCAUCAUUCCCAGAAUGCAAAGUGAGACGCCGAAAUCUCAGCAGCAGCAGGAGCAGCAGGAGCCUGGAGUGGUUCAGGUGAACAUGGCCAUCAGAUAAAGGAGUAAACAUCUCCACUCUGAGUUCACCGACAGACAGACAGAACGACAGACAGACUCCGUCUCCCCCCUUUUUCCUGCCCCCGCUUCAUGAACACACGCAGCGGGUCUCGUGCAGUGUGGGGAGCAGCCGCCGGAGUCUUACCGCACACCGGAGAGAGGACGUAGCCGACGGCGGUCAUGGCAGCGUUGGAGCUCUACACCACGCGUGCUCGGGUUUGGAUCCCUGAUGUGGAGGAGGUGUGGAAGUCUGCUGAGCUGAUUAAGGAUUAUAAAAAUGAGGAUACGUCCCUGCAGCUGACGCUGGAGGAUGGAACGAACAUUGAGCAUAAGCUUGAUCCCAAGAAGAAGAACCUGCCUUAUCUGCGGAACCCUGACAUCCUGGUUGGUGAGAAUGACCUCACGGCGCUCAGUUACCUCCACGAGCCCGCCGUGCUCCACAACCUCAAAGUCCGCUUCAUCGACUCGAAGCUCAUCUACACCUACUGUGGCAUCGUUCUGGUGGCCAUCAACCCGUAUGAGCCGCUGCCGAUCUAUGGAACUGACAUCAUCAACGCCUACAGCGGUCAGAACAUGGGGGACAUGGACCCACAUAUCUUUGCUGUGGCAGAGGAGGCGUAUAAACAGAUGGCCAGGGAUGAAAGGAAUCAGUCCAUUAUUGUGAGCGGAGAAUCUGGAGCAGGAAAAACGGUUUCUGCCAAAUAUGCCAUGAGAUACUUUGCUACAGUCAGUGGUUCUGCCAGUGAGGCCAAUGUGGAGGACAAAGUUCUGGCUUCUAACCCCAUCAUGGAGGCCAUUGGAAACGCAAAGACCACCAGGAACGACAACAGCAGUCGUUUUGGGAAAUACAUUGAGAUUGGAUUUGACACACGUUACCGUAUCAUUGGUGCCAACAUGAGAACAUAUCUGCUGGAGAAAUCACGGGUGGUCUUUCAGGCUGAUGAGGAGAGGAAUUAUCACAUCUUCUAUCAACUCUGUGCUUCAUCACAUUUACCUGAGUUCAAGAUCCUGAAGCUGAGCAGUGCCAACGACUUCCUGUACACGAGGCAGGGUCGCAGCCCCGUCAUCGAAGGUGUGGAUGACACCAAGGAGUUGAGCACGACACGGAACGCCUUCACGUUACUAGGGAUUAAUGAAUCCUAUCAGAUGGGACUGUUCCAGGUUUUGGCUGCGAUUCUCCAUCUUGGAAACGUGGAAAUAAAAGACAGAGAUUCAGACAGCAGCCUGAUCCCUCCUAACAAUCCCCACCUGAUGGCCUUCUGUCAGCUGGUGGGCGUGGCCUACCCUGACAUGUCCCAGUGGCUGUGCCACAGGAAGCUGAAGACGGCCACGGAGACCUACGUCAAGCCCCUCCCUCGUCUCCAGGCCACCAACGCUCGUGAUGCGCUCUCCAAACACAUCUAUGCCAAACUUUUCAACUGGAUCGUUGAACACGUGAACAAAGCUCUGAUCACCAACGUCAAACAGCACUCCUUCAUCGGCGUGCUGGACAUUUAUGGGUUUGAGACAUUUGAGAUCAACAGUUUCGAGCAGUUCUGUAUCAACUACGCUAACGAGAAGCUCCAGCAGCAGUUUAACAUGCACGUGUUCAAGCUGGAGCAGGAGGAGUACAUGAAGGAGGAGAUCCCCUGGACUUUGAUCGACUUCUAUGACAACCAGCCCUGCAUCAACCUCAUAGAAGCUAAGAUGGGAGUCCUGGACCUUCUGGAUGAGGAGUGCAAAAUGCCAAGAGGUUCCGAUGAUUCCUGGGCCCAGAAACUGUACAACACCCAUCUGAAAACCUGCUCCCUCUUCCAGAAGCCGCGCAUGUCCAACCGCGCUUUCAUCAUCCAACAUUUUGCUGACAAGGUGGAGUAUCAGUGUGAAGGCUUUCUAGAGAAGAACAAGGACACGGUGAACGAAGAGCAGAUCAAUGUGUUGAAGGCCAGCAAGUUUGACCUGUUGGUGGAGCUGUUUCAAGAUGAGGAAAAAGCGACCAGUCCUACGGGUCAGGUCCCUGGGACUGGAGGUCGAACCCGCCUCAGCAUCAAACCCGACAAGGGUCGAGACAAGAGCAGUAAGGAGCACAAGAAGACCGUGGGAUGCCAGUUCCGUAACUCUCUACAAAUGCUGAUGGAGACCCUGAAUGCCACCACACCACACUACGUGCGCUGCAUCAAACCAAACGACUUUAAGUUGGCCUUUUCGUUCGAUCCCAAACGUGCAGUGCAGCAGCUCAGAGCCUGCGGUGUCCUGGAAACCAUCCGGAUCUCUGCAGCUGGCUUCCCGUCGAGGUGGACGUACCAGGAGUUCUUCAGUCGUUACAGAGUCCUGAUGAAGCAGAAGGAUGUGCUCGCCGACAAAAAGUUGACCUGCAAAAACGUCCUGGAGAAACUGGUGCAGGAUCAAGAUAAAUACCAGUUUGGUAAAACCAAGAUCUUCUUUCGGGCUGGCCAGGUUGCAUACCUCGAGAAACUCAGGGCAGACAAGUUGCGAGCUGCCUGCAUCCGCAUCCAGAAAACCAUCCGUUGUUGGCUGGCUCGUAAGAAGUAUUUGCGCAAACGCAGCGCUGCAAUUACAAUCCAGCGCUUCACCAGAGGUUACCAGGCCCGCUGCUUGGCCAAGUUUCUGCGCCGUACUCAGGCAGCCACCACCAUCCAGAAGUACCAGAGAAUGUGUGUGGAGAGGAAACGCUACAGGCAGAAGCAGGCGGCAGCCUUGGCCAUGCAGACCAUCCUCAGAGCUUAUAUGGCUCGACAGAAGUACCAGGCGCUGCUGCGGGAGCACAAGGCUGUUAUCAUUCAGAAACAUGUCCGUGGCUGGUUGGCCCGCUGCUGGUACAAGCGCUGCCUCUACUCCAUUGUCUACCUUCAGUGCUGCAUCCGCAGGAUGAAGGCCAGGCGUGAGCUGAAGAAGCUGAAGAUCGAGGCUCGCUCUGUGGAGCACUUCAAGAAGCUGAACAAAGGCAUGGAGAACAAGAUCAUGCAGUUACAGAGGAAGAUCGACGAGCAGAACAAAGACAGUCGGUCGCUCAACGAAAAGCUGGUCAGUCUGGAGAAUUCCUACUCAACAGAGAGCGAGAAAAUGCGAGGCGAGCUUGGCCGACUGCGCGGUGCGGAGGAGGACGCCAAGAACAAGACGAACCAGGUGUCUUCACUGCUGGAGGAACUGGAGAAACUGAAGAAAGAGCUGAGAGUCACACAGCAGGAGAAGAAGACCAUCGAGGACUGGGCACAGACCUACAGGGACGAGAUGGAGACAUUGGUCUCAGAGCUGAAGGACCAGAAUGGCUCGCUGAAGAAGGAGAAGGACGACCUGAACAGAAUGAUUCAGGAACAGAGUCAGCAGAUGACGGAGAAAAUGGUUCGUUCAAUAGCAGAAGAGACUCAACAGCUGGAGACGGACCUGAACGAGGAACGCUCCCGUUACCAGAACCUCCUGUCGGAACACCUUCGCCUGGAGGAGAAAUACGACGACCUGAAGGAGGCACUUUCCUCGAACGUGACCAAGCCCGGCCACAGGAGAACAGACUCCACCCACAGCAGCAACGAAUCAGAGUACACCUACAACUCCGAGUAUGCAGAAUUGGAGGAUGGUUCCCGCGCCGCAGAAGACGUGACACGAGGAAUAGACACUUCACUGACCCUGAAGCUGCAGAAACGUCUCACAGAGCUGGAGCAGGAAAAGCAGUCGCUGCGUAAUGAACUGGAGAACAAAGAAGAGCAGUUUCAGCGGGCCAGAGCCCGGGACGACGUAGAGUUUAAAAAGGCUCGUGGGGCAGAGUUGGAGUACGAGUCCCUCAAGCGUCAGGAACUGGAGUCGGAGAACAAGAAGCUAAAACACAAUCUGGCAGAGAUGAGGCAAAGCCUGCUGGGAAAUGCUGCCGCCAACUCUGGGGCUCCAGGCUCCCCUGCUUACAAGGUGCUGCUGGACCAGCUCAACACCUCCUGUGAGGAGCUGGACGUCCGUAAAGAGGAGGUUCUCAUCCUGCGCUCUCAGCUGGUCAGCCAGAAGGAGGCAAUGCACCACAAGGAUGAGAAGGGGACGAUGACGGAGCCCUCUGUCUUUGUGGACGAUGUGUCCAAGUUGAAGGACAGUGAUGAGAUCAAACAGGCCUACAUCGGCCUGAAAGACACCAACAGAUCUGCUGCUCCAGAAUUCCAUCAGCUGAAUGAGGAUGGAGAGCUGUGGCUGGUGAAUCAGGGCUUAAAGGAGACCAUCAGGCUACUGGAACACCAGCUGCAGACUCAGCGGAGGACCCAUGAUAAUGAGGUGGAGACACUGCGUGGUGAGCUGCAGAGUGUCAAAGAGGAGAACAGUCGUCAGCAGCAGCUCUUGGCCCAGAACCUUCAGCUCCCCCCGGAGGCUCGCAUCGAAGCCAGUCUGCAGCACGAGAUCACCCGGCUGACCAACGAGAACCUGGAACUCAUGGCCGAGGACCCUGCAGCGUCCAGAGAGGCCCGUGUCGCCAUAUUACGACGGAUGGUUGAUCUCAUGGAGCAGCUGGAGAAGCAGGACCGGACCAUCCGCAAGCUCAAGAAGCAGCUGAAGGUUUACUCCAAGAGAAUUGGAGAGAUGGGAGCGGGUCAAACCGAGGGCCAGACGUCUCCUGGGCAGAUGGUGGAGGAGCCCAUUCACCCCGUCAACAUUCCCCGCAGGGAGAAAGACUUCCAGGGAAUGCUGGAGUACAAGAGGGAGGAUGAACUGAAACUGGUUAAAAAUCUCAUCCUGGAACUGAAGCCUCGUGGUGUAGCCGUGAACCUGAUCCCAGGUCUGCCUGCCUACAUCCUCUUCAUGUGUCUGAGACACGCUGACUAUCUGAACGACGACCAGAAGGUGCGCACCCUGCUGACCUCCACCAUCAACAGCAUCAAGAAGAUCCUGAAGAAACGAGGAGACGACUUUGAGACGGUGUCUUUCUGGUUGUCCAACACCUGUCGCUUCCUGCACUGUCUGAAACAGUACAGUGGAGACGAGGCUUUCAUGAAGCACAACUCUUCGAGGCAAAACGAACACUGUCUGUCCAACUUUGACCUGGCGGAGUACAGACAGGUCAUCAGUGACCUGGCCAUCCAGAUUUAUCAGCAGCUCAUCAAGUGCAUGGAGAACAUCCUUCAGCCCAUGAUAGUUUCUGGAAUGCUGGAACACGAGACCAUCCAGGGAGUCUCCGGCGUGAAGCCCACGGGUCUCAGGAAGCGAACGUCCAGCAUCGCCGACGAAGGCACCUACACCCUGGACUCCAUCCUGCGGCAGCUCAACGCCUUCCACUCCACCAUGUGUCAGCACGGCACCGACCCUGAGCUCAUCAAGCAGGUGGUGAAGCAGCAGUUCUACAUCAUCGGCGCCGUCACCCUCAACAACCUGCUGCUGCGCAAGGACAUGUGCUCCUGGAGCAAAGGCAUGCAGAUCAGGUACAACGUCAGUCAGCUGGAGGAGUGGCUCAGAGACAAAGGUCUGAUGACCUGUGGAGCCAAGGAGACUCUGGAGCCGCUCAUCCAGGCGGCUCAGCUGCUGCAGGUGAAGAAGAAGACCGACGAAGACGCCGAGGCCAUCUGCUCCAUGUGCCAGGCUCUGACAACGGCUCAGAUCGUCAAAGUCCUGAACCUCUACACACCAGUCAACGAGUUCGAGGAGAGAGUGUCUGUGGCGUUCAUACGGACCAUACAGACACGUUUGCGGGACCGCUGUGAGAGCCCCCAGCUGUUGAUGGACACAAAGAUGAUCUAUCCUGUCACCUUCCCCUUCAAUCCUUCAUCCCUCGCCCUGGAAACCAUCCAGAUCCCCGGCUCCCUCAACCUGGGCUUCCUGACACGUGUUUGAACCCACAACCUUCAGAAUGACUCCAGUGGUAUUUGGCCUUUGUGACCCCUCCCGUCUCCACCGUCCCCCCCACUCCCCCCCCCUUUUGGAACAGUAAAUCACUUGUCAUCCACAGGCCCAGGUUUAAAGGCUCAAAUCUUUAGUGAAGUAAAUAUAUUUCUGAGCAUCAUAACAUAAAAAAUGAGGAUUUCUGUUUCAGGUUCAAAUCACACAUCAGGUGAAAAAGUCUUAGAUUGUUGUAUAAACCUGUCACACACACACACACACACACACACACAGGACAGACACAGAGCCUCCGCCCAGCGCUUGUAUAAACGCCUGCUUCUUAGAGAAACCGGACCAUUGACCACAUGAGUCACUGAUCCUGGACCUGCGUCGCUGCAGCUCCAGCCUCGUCCGUGUCUCUGCCUGUAGUUGAAGUUCUCACAUCAUCGACUGAUGACAAUGUACCACCGAUAAGAGGAGGAAUAGAAACGUGUGUGUGUGUGUGUGUGUGUGUGUGUUACUGCUGGUGUUGUCUCCACCAUCACCGUCUAAAUGCUGUCCUUUUAUCACCUCCACACAGAGCUCAUUGUUUGUACUAUAUUAUUUAUGCAUAUAGAAAUAUACACAUAUAUGGCUUAAUAAUAUAUAGAAAUAUAUCAUGUAUUUUAUUUAUUGCAUCCUGUCCUGUUUCCUUGUCUUCUCCACUUUGAUGAUAACGAGAGUCUAUGUGAAUGAGUUAAUGACGGGACCAGGAUGAAGAGUCGGUCUGGAGGUGUUUUAGUUUCUCUGUAGCUCUAGGUUUACUAACUGUGUCAGACAUGGACGGUAGUGGACGGUAGAACAGCUGUUCUGUCCUGACGGUCCGUGUCUGAGGACGGAUUUGAACCCGGGGCAGAUGUCGGAGGUUGGAGGUGCUGCAGUAUUAAAUGUGUUUCCAGCUGUGACUGGAGCAGAGCCUCACGUCCUGCUGGUCGAGAGGAUUAUUACACCCUGGGUCCGUAGAAGGCAGAGGAGACGUUGAUUAGAAAUCAGAUCAGAUGUUAAAGUUGACUGGACCCCGACAGACCAAUCAGUGGAGCUCUGUGUGAUGAUGUCAGAACGCUGCGGUGUUUUUGCUCUUUCCUCGUUAUUUAUUUCACCACAGUGUUUUUCUAGUGUUCACUUGAUGAUGUCACGUUUGUACUGGAGGAGAAGACGUUUUACUGAAGUCACGUUUGGAGAGUUGGUUCAGCUGUUUUUAUCUCAGUCUGUUUUAUGGUCUGUCCUUCGUUUGUUUUUGAUAUAUUUAUCAGUCUGCAGCGUUGGACUGCACCCAGUGCAACACUCAGUUUGUCCACUGCUGCACCGGCUGCUCCUGGACAUCAUGUAUCGGCUCAGUUCAUCCACAAACUGCAGUCUGUCCUGUUCAACCAGUAUUAGCAGUGAAAAGUCAAAAGUCUGCUUCACGUGACUCUUCCUUAAUGAAACCCAGACUGAGUGACGAGUUGUGGAUCUGCUGCUCAGGAACAAGUCACAGCCGAAACUGUUGUUGUUCGCUGGAGAACGGUGUUGUUGUGUUGUUUGUUGCUCUUUAUGACUUUAUGUCUGAGUGGAGGGUUUAAGGUGAAGUGAAGAAGUCAGUCGGUCAGUCAGUCAGUCAGUCGGU